AUGGCCGCUCUCAGAAUACGAAAGACGUUCCGGUAUCCAGAAGACUCGGACGAUGACGCCCGUCAGGAAUUAGAUGAAGAAGAACAAGAGCGAAUCAUCAACGACUUGCGAUCGCGCGAUGAUGCGCGAAACGCUGAAUACAAACUCGUCUUCACCAUCGUUCCCCUCGUCUCUAUAGUCGCCUUCUUACCAGGCCUAUUCUCUUCUUCUGCAACAGCCUCAGAGAGGAUUAUUUCUUUUCUCAGUACUCUUUCCCUCCUCGCGAGUGCGUAUAUCAUGCGACAUAUCCCGCUUCCACGACCGGAUCCGAAGGAAAAGCGCCCAGUGAGGAAUCUGGGAUACCUCGAGCUUGUCAGGGAGCAUUUGGUUGCUGUUAAUGUGGGGCUUUGUGCGCUUGUCACCUUGCUUGCGUAUGCGACGGGUUAUGGCUAUGGGAUUAGUUAUGCUGGGGUGCCGCGGUUGUCGUAUCUUGUUCCUGGAGUUGUAUUCGGGAUUAUCUGCAUUACGCGGAAAUUGAUGCUUUCUGUCGAUGUGGGACAGCUGGAAAAUCUCAAGUAUGAUUAUAAGGGAGCUUAA